UUCCUUAAACUCCACCUGAAUCUCACUCCCUCCCUCCAAACUCUCUCUCAAAGCUCAAACAAAAAUGGAGGUCGAAGGCAAAGGAGGAGAAGCCGGGACCACCACCGGUCGGAGAUUCGCACUUCCGGUGGAUGCGGAGAACAAAUCAACAACUUUCCGGCUAUUCUCCAUGGCAAAGCCUCACAUGAGAGCUUUCCAUCUCUCAUGGUUCCAAUUCUUCUGCUGCUUCGUCUCCACUUUCGCAGCUCCUCCUCUCCUCCCAAUCAUCCGCGAUAACCUCAAUCUCACCGCCACCGACAUCGGAAACGCCGGAAUCGCCUCCGUCUCCGGCUCCGUCUUCGCUCGUCUCGUCAUGGGCACGGCUUGCGACCUCUUCGGCCCUCGUUUAGCCUCCGCCGCGUUAACCCUCUCCACCGCUCCCGCCGUUUAUUUCACCUCCGGGAUCAAAUCUCCGAUCGGAUUCAUCCUCGUCCGAUUCUUCGCCGGCUUCUCGCUCGCCACUUUCGUCUCGACGCAGUUCUGGAUGAGCUCUAUGUUCUCCGGUCCCGUCGUCGGUUCGGCUAACGGAAUCGCCGCCGGUUGGGGUAAUCUCGGAGGAGGCGCGACGCAGCUGAUCAUGCCGCUCGUGUUCUCGGCGAUCCGAAAAAUGGGGUCCACAAAAUUCACGGCUUGGAGGAUCGCUUUCUUCAUCCCUGGCCUCUUUCAGACUUUCUCUGCUUUCGCCGUUCUCUUGUUCGGCCAGGAUCUUCCUGAUGGAGAUUAUUGGGCAAUGCACAAAUCGGGAGAGAAGGAGAAAGAUGAAGUGGGGAAAGUGAUAACACAUGGGAUCAGCAACUAUAGGGGAUGGAUAACAGCAUUAGCAUAUGGCUAUUGUUUUGGAGUAGAGCUCACCAUCGACAACAUCAUCGCUGAGUAUUUCUUUGAUAGAUUCCACUUAAACCUCAACACGGCCGGGAUUAUAGCUGCGAGUUUUGGUCUGGCCAAUUUCUUCGCUAGACCCGGAGGAGGAAUUCUCUCCGAUCUUAUAGCCAGACGGUUUGGUAUGAGAGGAAGGUUGUGGUCUUGGUGGAUUAUUCAAACAGUAGGAGGUGUCUUGUGUGCAUUCCUUGGCCAAAUUGCUUCCUUGACAUGGUCUAUAGUUGUUAUGCUCAUCUUCUCUGUCUUCGUCCAAGCCUCUUGUGGUCUUACCUUUGGCGUCGUUCCUUUUAUUUCUAGAAGAUCUCUUGGAGUGAUAUCAGGAAUGACAGGUGCGGGAGGUAAUGUAGGUGCGGUUUUAACUCAAUUGAUAUUCUUCAAAGGAUCAACAUACUCGAGAGAGACGGGUAUAACACUGAUGGGGAUUAUGUCAAUUGCGUGUUCUUUACCAAUAUGUUUUAUUUACUUUCCACAAUGGGGAGGUAUGUUUUGUGGACCUUCCUCCAAGAAAGUGACUGAAGAAGACUAUUACCUUUCCGAGUGGAACUCUAAAGAGCAAGCUAAAAACUUACAUACCGCUAGCCUAAAGUUCGCGGAAACUAGCAAGAGCGAAAGAGGCCGAGCAACAACUCAUCCUGAAACUUGAUCAAGUGCAGGGCUUUCUCGUUUGUUUGUUGUGUGUAUUGACUAUUAUUGAGUAUGCCUUUUUGUCUUCUUCUCUUUGUCCUUUUUAAGAGUUCUCAAGAACUCUAUUUCUCGUUUUCCUUACAAUUGUGUAACAAGUUCUGUUACUUGUGUAUGUAAUGUAAAACCUACCAGUUACUGCUUUCU